AUGUACCUACACACGACUGCACACCGCCGCAAGCACCUCGGGCAGCGCUUCAGCGCCGCGGGCCGCCACGUGGUGCGCCGCACGCCCGGCCACUUCGUGUGCGAGCAGUGCGGCCGCGUGCUCACGCACCUCGGGCAGCGCUUCAGCGCCGCGGGCCGCCACGUGGUGCGCCGCACGCCCGGCCACUUCGUGUGCGAGCAGUGCGGCCGCGUGCUCACGCACCUCGGGCAGCGCUUCAGCGCCGCGGGCCGCCACGUGGUGCGCCGCACGCCCGGCCACUUCGUGUGCGAGCAGUGCGGCCGCGUGCUCACGCACCUCGGGCAGCGCUUCAGCGCCGCGGGCCGCCACGUGGUGCGCCGCACGCCCGGCCACUUCGUGUGCGAGCAGUGCGGCCGCGUGCUCACGGUGAGUGUGUGUGCAACACCGACAUGUACCUACACACGACCUGCACACCGCCGCAAGCACCUCGGGCAGCGCUUCAGCGCCGCGGGCCGCCACGUGGUGCGCCGCACGCCCGGCCACUUCGUGUGCGAGCAGUGCGGCCGCGUGCUCACGGUGAGUGUGUGUGCAACACCGACAUGUACCUACACACGACCUGCACACCGCCGCAAGCACCUCGGGCAGCGCUUCAGCGCCGCGGGCCGCCACGUGGUGCGCCGCACGCCCGGCCACUUCGUGUGCGAGCAGUGCGGCCGCGUGCUCACGCACCUCGGGCAGCGCUUCAGCGCCGCGGGCCGCCACGUGGUGCGCCGCACGCCCGGCCACUUCGUGUGCGAGCAGUGCGGCCGCGUGCUCACGCACCUCGGGCAGCGCUUCAGCGCCGCGGGCCGCCACGUGGUGCGCCGCACGCCCGGCCACUUCGUGUGCGAGCAGUGCGGCCGCGUGCUCACGUGUGUGUGCAACACCGACAUCUACCUACACACGACUGCACACCGCCGCAAGCACCUCGGGCAGCGCUUCAGCGCCGCGGGCCGCCACGUGGUGCGCCGCACGCCCGGCCACUUCGUGUGCGAGCAGUGCGGCCGCGUGCUCACGUCCCGCCAAGGGCUGCGCUACCACCUGCGGGACCACAAGGGCCUCAACCUGAAGCUGUUCACGUGCCCCGAGUGCAACAAGACCUUCGCCGCAAAGCACAUGAGAGAUUGGCACAUGCGGUCGCACACGGGGGAGAAACCAUACCAGUGCCCCGAGUGCCCGCUCGCGUUCAGCCUCAACAGCAACUUUAAGCGUCACCACAAGGCGGUACACCUCGGGCAGCGUAAAAGCAUCCCUUGCAACAUCUGCGGGCGCGUGUUCACGACCACGUCGUGCGUGCGCGUGCACGUGAACGCCGUGCACCGCGGCAUGCCGUGGCCCAAGCGGAACCGGGACCGCGCCAGGGGCAAGGCCGAACCCAAGUCGCCGCUUAACAAUAAAUAAUAUAC